AUGGUUGAGGUCGUUCAUGCGACGCCCGAUGGUGGGCCCCGGCCUGCUAGCGAUGAUGCCGCUCGGGGGAUCUCCUUUCUAUCCUUUGAAUGGGGCUUCGUUGUCGAUGACGCCGGUCUGGUGAAGGUGAUCGGCAGUGGUAGCUCCUUGGCGCAGGAUGAGCGAUGGGGGGAGGCUCUGACAGUCGCAGGUGUUACUGAGGAAUAUAAUACUCCAAUGUUACGAGAUCCCAGCAAUAUAGUAAUAGACAAGGAUGCAAUUGAAAUUCAUGAGGAUGACGAUAAAGAAUCUAAUUUUGAGACUGAUGAUGAUGACGACGACGAUGAUGACGACGACAACGAUGAGGAUGAUAAUGAGGACUUUGAUUUUUGA